UACACGCAAGAUACAGGAAGCCUGGUGUUAGCGCGAUGUUAAUAGUGAAAAUGGACUCUUUGUACAUGUAUUGGCAUUGAUUGGAAUGCAGAUAUCCCCAUAUCUUUUAGUCAUUGGACGUAUCAUUUAGCUAGCAGGCACAGGCAUCAAGCCGUGUAAUCGCCGCGUGAAACUUGAAAAGCCAAGUCGCCAUCAAUGGCUAGCUAGCUAACAAGCUAGCCUGCUAGCCAGCACACCUCAAAUAGAAGUGACAUACCACUGCGCAGGGUGGCCUUGUCAUCUCCUGGGUCCAAUAUCGCAGCACCUCCAGGGUGAUCAUGGGUGCGGAGAGCAGCGCCGUGAGGAGUUGCACCUUGGAGGAGCCUCUUCUCACCCUCCCCUCGGGCCUCACCAUGUACUCCGCCCAGCUCCAGGACGGCAAGCCUGCAUCCGUGUUUGUUCACAAACAGGGCAACGAAGACAAAGUCAGCAAAGCGGCAAAGCACCUGAAGACCCUGCGGCAUCCGUGCUUGCUGCGUUUCCUGUCCUGCUCGGUUCAGGAUGGGGGAAUCCACCUGGUUACGGAACGCGUGCAGCCCCUGGAGCUGCUGCUGGAGAAUCUUUCCCCUGAGGAGAUCUGUGCUGGAAUCUACGACCUCCUGCAAGCCCUUGUCUUCCUUCACGACAGAGGGAAGUCAAGCCACAACAAUGUCUGCAUGUCGUCAGUCUUUGUUAGUGAAGAUGGCCAUUGGAAACUUGGGGGAAUGGAGACGGUCUGCAAGUUUUCUGAAGCAACUCCUGAGUUCCUUAGAAGCAUUCAGACAGUGAGAGAGAAAAGUGCAGUUCCACCUGAGGAAAGGGUUGAAAGCUUUAAAACACUAGCAGACAAAUAUGGGCAUUCAAGAGAUACCUUUUCCUUUGGAGUGAUGGUGGAAGCUUUCAUCCCUCUCCUGAGUGGUUAUGUCUCUGAGGAGCUGUCUGAGAGUUUGAAGUGCACCCUGCACCAGAGCCUUCUGAACCCCGACCCCCUCUCUCGCCCAUCUCUCAGCACUCUGCUGACCCACGAGUUUUUCAGGAAUGACUUUCUUGAAAUAGUGAAUUUUCUGAAGAGCUUGACUCUGAAAACUGAAGAAGAGAAGAAUGAAUUCUUCAAGUUUCUCCUAGACCGGGUUCAGAGCCUUCCUGAGGAGCUGAUCGCAGCCCGACUUGUCCCCAAACUCCUCAACUCUCUGGUGUUCGCAGAACCCACAGCCAUAAAAAGCUUCCUCCCACAUCUCCUCAGGCCAAAGAAGGAUUCGAGUGGCAGCAGUGAGGACUGUCUCCUGUCUGUGCCCCUCUACCGUAAAUAUGUGACCCCUCACCUACUGAAGCUGUUCAAAGUUAACGAGGAGCACGUCAGAAUGGUGCUGCUGUCCCACAUUGAGGCCUAUGCUGAUCUUUUCUCUCAUGAUGAACUGAAGAAUCAGAUACUACCUCAGAUUUUACUUGGAAUGAGAGACACAAAUGAUUCGCUAGUUGCCAUGACGCUGCAGAGUCUAGCAGUUCUGGUUCCUCUACUUGGAGCGCAGGUUGUGGUAGGUGGGGAAAGAGCAAAGGUGUUCAAGCGGACAACCCCAAACUUCACUAAAUCAACCGAGGUCACCCCAGAAAGCUCUCCCAUUCACAUCGUUGACACUAUACAGCCACAAAUGUCUCAGCCAUCUAAAAUCCUUAAGCUCUUCCCUAAGCCCUCUGGAAGCAGAGAGGUGGUCCUAGAGAACAUGGACUCCUUCUCUUCUGGAGAGCAUGCUGGUGAAUUCCAACCAGCAAAAAAGUCAGUCUCAGCAAUGAAGAGAGACAUGACUUUACCACUGAAUGGAUUCAGUGAGGGAAAAGAAUCUGCUCUGGCUGGGGUAGAGGCCUACAGUUUAAAAAGACUAGACAAGCCUGACCGACAAUCUGAGGAAUGGCCAGACUGGAGUGACACAGACGAGGUGGAAAAGGACAAAGAUCAGUCUGUCCAGAUCUAUAUUAAGCCUGCAGAGAAGCAGGAAGGAGCCAACAGCAACACCCCUGCCGUGUCUCAUGUGGAAGAGGAGCCGUGGGAUGAUUUUGACGACUCUGAACUGACCUCAGAUCAGUCCCCUACCACAUCAGCCUGGGACUCUGGGGUACCAUUGCAUGAAGGCUCUGGAGCGAGCACUGUACCAGAAGCAGCAAAGCCUUCCAAAGCCCUGAAGCUGUCUUCUGUCUCUAAAACUGCAACAGAGAGAAAGCCCACCACGUGGGACAAUAGCUGGGACCAGGAGGGGGAUGUGAAACCAAACAAAUCAGUAGACUCUGCCAAGCCAAAUCACACACGAAAAGACACAGGAAGCGGGGUUUUGGGGGAGGAAUUCACGAUUGAAGUGAAAAAGAAGCCACAGAAAGACCCUGAGUUGGACUUCUUUGCAGAUAUGGUCCCAGACAUUAAGUUGUCCUCGGCAGCGCUGUUGCUGCCCUCUGAAAGGACUGUUGCCAAUGCUGGCCUACUUACAGCUGCACCUUCCGAACACCCUGAACCCACAGCGCUGGAUCAAUCAAUAGACGCGCAAACACUCACAGCAAAGUUUGCCGCAGCUGACGUGGCAGAAACCGAAGCGGAAGGCUGGGGUGAUGGCGAUGACCUGAACUGGGACGAUGAGAACACCUGGUGACAAACUGGAACACAGCCUGCUCUGAGCCAUUGAGUGGAUGCAGGACACGGCACACAGCUUACGACCCCCCC